AUGCCCUUCAAACUUCAAUCCAUUGACAUUCACGUCCGUGGCCCGACAAGCUUCUGGGAAACAGGUUCGCCCAAGAUCGAUCGACGACAGAACUGCCUCUACUAUCUAGACUACCCGACGCCCGAACCAGCGACGUGGCGCGAGGCCCGAAAAUUGGAGCAAGCCGAGCAGAUCAUCCCCUUUCCAGUUUCUUUCAACGUCCCCGGAUCAGCGUUCCAGGAGCGAUCGAACUUUCUCUUGUUUCGUCUGGUGAUGAGUACCGGUGAUGACUCGCACCAUUGUCAGUUCGACGCGAUCAUCAUGGCAUUCUUUUGCGCGGUUGGGGCGCAGCCGUCGUCUGACGACGCUCGUCAGGCUGGUCUGACAGGCAACGCGCACCACCGUCUCGGCAGUCUCUCCCUCUCGAAACGCUAA